AUGACAAGCCUCUAUAUUGGCAAGCUUGGGAUGUGGAAGUCUUCCACCUCGAGUCUCGAAAAGAGCUGUCUAGCGGCAAGACUGUCAUUCGCAGAGAACGACGAACAUCGCGUUAGUCUGGUUAGCCACACCAAGAUCAGUGACAAGAGUUGGAUCAAGACCACCAUCAGCCUCGCCGCCUCCGUCUCCUCUGAGCCCUCGCGCGUCGAGUUCGAGAGCGAGGUAGAGUGGCAUGAGACUAUGAAGUUCCUCAAGGUCGAGUUCCCUGUGGACGUGACCAACACCGAGGCAUCCUACGAGACCCAGUACGGUAUUAUCCGUCGCCCAACCCAUUAUAACACAAGCUGGGACAUGGCCAAAUUUGAAGUCUGCUGCCACAAAUGGGCUGACCUCUCUGAGCACGGCUACGGGAUUUCCAUCCUUAAUGACUCUAAAUAUGGCUUCGCUACCUGCGGCAACCUGAUGCGUCUUUCGCUUUUGCGGGCUCCCAAAGCACCAGAUGCUCACGCUGACAUGGGCCGUCAUGUCAUUCGCUAUGCCAUCCUUCCCCAUACCGGUCCUCUCGACGACCGGACCAUUCGUGCCGGCUACAACUUCAAUCAGCCUCUGAUCGUAGAGCAGGCCAGCUCUCAGGCGGCUGCUUGCAAUGCCGCUUUUGACGCUGUUUCCAUCCACGGCGCGCCUUCUGUUAUCAUGGAUGCUGUCAAGCGCGGUGAAGACGAUGAGGAUGUCUCCUCUGGUGGUCUCCCCACUCGCCCUGGUCGGAGCGUGAUUGUGCGCGUCUACGAGUCUCUUGGCGGGAAAGCCCGGGGUUCUCUCCGUAGUUCUUUACCUGUCAAGCGCGUGUGGAAGUGCAAUGUCCUCGAAGACGAUGAAGAGGAACUACUCAUCCAGCAAGCUAACGAUUCCAUUUCGGUGGAUAUUCAGCUAAGAGCGUUCGAGAUUGCUACUUACCGGCUCCAGCUUUAA